CUACUUACCUUCAUCUACUCUACGUACCUUCAUCACUCAUAAUGAAGCUCGCUAUUCUAGACGACUACCAGGGCAUCGCCCCCUCCCACUUCUCGCACCUCGACCGUAUUACCAUCACCUCCUUCCCCUCCACCCUCAACCCCUCCAUCCCCGCCGAACAAGACAAGCUAAUCGAACGCCUGCUCCCCUUCGACAUCAUCCUCGCCAUGCGCGAACGCACCCCCUUCUCCAGAGAAACCCUCUCCCGCCUGCCGAACCUCAAGCUCCUGCUCACAACCGGCACCCGCAACCGCGCCCUCGACUCCGCCUACUGCGCCGAACGCGGCAUCCCGGUCGCAGGCACAGAAACACGCCCGCCCGGCGUGAACUCCACCGUGCAGCACACCUGGGCGCUAAUUCUUGCCCUCGCGCGCCAUGUGGCCCGCGAUGACGCAGCGGUUAAAAGGGGCGGGUGGCAGGGAUCGCUGGGGACGACGCUGGGAGGGAAGACGCUGGGGCUGGUGGGGUUGGGCAAGCUGGGGGCGGCGGUGGGACGGAUUGCGAUCGUGGCGUUUGGGAUGGAGGUGAUUGCGUGGUCGGCCAACCUCACGCAGGAGAGUGCGGAUGAGCGGGCUGAGGCAUUGGGACUGGAGAAAGGGAGCUUUACUGUUGUCGAGAAACGGGAGUUUUUCGGGCGGGCGGAUGUGGUGAGUCUGCAUUAUGUGCUGUCGCAGCGGAGUCGCGGGGUGGUGGGGAGGGACGAGUUGGCGGCCAUGAAGAGGGACGCUCUGCUGGUGAAUACGAGCAGGGGCGGAUUGGUCGAUGAAGAGGCCCUGCUGGAGGUGCUAAACAACGGGGGGAUUCAGGGCGCGGCGCUGGACGUGUUUGAGCCGGAGCCGCUGCCGGUGGACAGUCCGUGGCGCACGACGCCGUGGGGGCACGACGGGCGCAGUGAAGUUAUCCUGACGCCGCACAUGGGAUACGGCGACGAGCAGAUCCACGGCUGGUACGACGAGGUUGCGGCCAAUGUGGAGCGAUGGCUGAAUGGGGAGGGCCUGCAUUGUUUACUGUAGCUGUCUAUUAACUGUCAAUAACUGCAUGUGGAAGAAGUGAUGCCUCGGAUAGAAGGAUCCACCAUCGGAGCACUGAGGAAUGCGGUAUACACUUCCGUUUGCGUUCCUCGGUAUCUUUAACUUAAUCUCUCUUAAUCUCUCUUAAACUCGUCAUUCCCUUCUCUCAUUCCAGUCCCCCAUCCCCCCCUCCAUUCCCCCCUCCAUCCAUUCCUGUCGGUCAAUCCGCUGUUGUCGCCAUGCCCAUCGCAGUACAGCCCACCGAGCCGCCAACAACGGCAUCAACAGCUCCAUCACCACCAACCCACCCCGGUCUCCUCCGCGUCGUCCGCAGCCCCAAAGCCUUUGCCAGUGGCGCCAUCUCCGAAGUCUCUCUCCCCGCCGGCGCCGUCUUCGCCAAAAUCACCACCGCCACCCCCGGGAAAAAGGCC